CAUGAUAUUCUAUUUCCUUCCCGUUAUUCUCUUCCCCAACCAUCACGAUCGCGCAGAGUACAAUAAAAAUAAAUUGCGGGUAGCAUGUCUUUGGCUGGCUCUGCGUAGAUGGGCUCAGCGACACCUUGCUACCUCUCCCUACCCCCUCGCUUCCGUGCGCCUAGUGGAGCGCCUCCGUUGCCGCGCUUUCAGUUAGGACGGCGGGAAGAAGCAAUUUGGAUAGCUUGAGGUGAGUUCGGGGGCCCUACCGCCGCUCCCCCGAAGGUCUUUCCGUCCCUGUCACUGUUGAGAAGAAAUUCUUAUAUGAACAACAUGGGAAAAACAAGAAAAAGGAACAAGAAAAAUGUUCAGAAUGUUAACAAUGAAAUGCCAAAGGAAAAAAGAAGAGAGUCAAGACAGAAACUGGGAGGAUGCCACGCCAUGCUGCAUCCUUGUGGAAAACUGCUUUCCCCCGAGGAGCCAGAUGUGUCAAGUAUUUUGAAAAUUCCUGGAAGUGGGCAAUCGGACGAACCUGAUGAGUUGUUUGAUCAUCCUUUACAUAGCACUGCUGUAUCUGCUUAUGAGGAAGUGGAAAAAGACAAUUAUUCAGAACCUGAUGGGUCAACCAGUAAUUCAUCUGAUUCUGAACCAGGAAAGAAUACAAUAGGAAGCAAAAAUCAACACGCCUUGAAAUUGACAGUGGAGAAUGAAGAUUCUGAAGAGCUACCCAUGAAAGAGAAUAUGAGAGCAAGAGAAUCCACACCCAGAGUGGCAAGUUCUAGACCACCAUCUGCACUGCCAUUAAGGAACAGCUCUUCAGCCUGCAGGACAUCAGAUAGAAUUAAAGAUUUGGUGAAGAAUAUGAAUACUGAUAAGAUGCCUAGGACAAGGUCUAAAUCCCAUGUGCUGCAGCAGGAGGUUUCUUCACCAAUAACAGAGAUAGAUUACCCUGAGUCAGAUGAUGGUGAUCCACAUUCAGUAAAGGUUUGGGGCCACAAAGGGCUGAAAAAAGUUGCCAGCCAUGUCACAGAAUCAGAUGUUAUUCUGGACGAGUUUGAGAAAAUAACAACUAAAUACAAACAAGGAGUGGAGUUGAAGAUAUGCAAGAAAGCUAUUAAUAGCUUUUAUAUUGGAUUCAGAGAUCAGCUCAUUAAUACAGUUGCAGAUGCUGAGGAAUUAAAAAAUACUAAAUUGAAGAACGUAAAGAUGGUCAGAGCAACCAAUAAAAAAAGGCAGCGUUUGUUAGAAGUUAAAGAAGAAUUAAUUAGAACGGAACCACACCUGAAGAAACUGAAGAGAGAAUAUGCAGAACUAAAAGAAAGAAUAUCCUGUCUGAAGAAUGCAGUUCGGUUAGUGACUGAUGUAAACAAUCUACAACAAAAAUAUAUUAACAACAAAAGGGAGAACCCACAAGAAAAAGUAGUAUAUGGCAUUUCCAGCCUUCCUGCCCUUCUGAUAGAAUCACGGAGGAUUGUAGGAGCAGAAAAUGACUUUCAAAAUAUCAAUUCAAAAUUGCAACAAAUCUUGGAUUUGCAUGAAGAGAAGUAAACAAAUAUCUCAUACAAAACACAACUUAUCUAACAUUCAAUAACACUGCCAAAUUUUAAAUGUGUUGAAACAUUGAAGUAGGUGAAGCAGAAAAUCAAAAACUCAUUUUUCAGAGACAGUCAACUCCUAAAGAUGUUGUAGCCAUUUUAGUCCUACUGUACAUAAUAUAUAGUACACUUUGCCUCAUGGUGAUCACCAAAUCUAAAAAUCUUAUUACCCAUGAUAGAUUUAUUAGUGGGAUUGGGAAGGUCUUAAUGGCUUGUUGGCACAAUGCCAACAAUCCCUCCCCGAUCUCUCCCCCUCCCAUGCUGUAGGAGAGGGAAGAGACAGAGAUGAAAGCGCUCUAAAAGAAGCAACACUAUCUUGCUGGUAUAUUUUGAUUGGAUUUUCUUGGAUUUUCUUUAAAAUACAUGAUCAAGGAGGGAUAGGACUAGGAGUUGUUUCUCUAAGCCAGAUGCUUCUGCCAUACUGUAUUCUCUACUGCUGGCGGGGGUGUGGGGGAAUUGGCCCAACCCCAAAGAGAAGUGAGUCCAGCUAUACCUAGACCAAUGUCUACUGAACAAACAGGAGACCUUGCAGCUGAGGAGAAAUGUGUUUUGAAGAUUUCGCUAGGCAUAGUAUAAAAUUCUGCUUGACCUGAGCCAGUGGUCCAAACAAUGAGUACCUCACUUAACCAGGGAAGGGAAAUGAGCUGUAUUCAUGGUUGAAGCACACAAGAAACAUUUGGCUGAAGGUUGCCUCAGCAAAUGCAUAGACACAGAUUUUGUAGUGCUUGGUGAAAGUGUAACAAGAGGGCCAAAUUGCCACCCCACAAACUUCUUCACCCAAAGCUCUGUAAGCCUUUAUUUUAGUACAUCAUUGCUGAUUUGGUAAUAUUAAUCAUGAUGAAGAAACAAAAUACAAUUUUAAAAUGGAGUAUGAAACUAGUCUGUUCUUCUGUCAAGUAACUAAUUCGAUCGUUCCAUAUUCAUGUCUAAUAAAAUAUUAAGAAUAAAGAAUUUUUCCUUA